AUGGACCCCCAGAUUCAGCCCACAGUACGUGCUGUGUUCCCUUACCCCUUUAUAAGAUAUCCGGAUGGGUUCAUAUUUAUCGAGCUAAACGGAAGCUCCAUCUUAUCGAAAUGGUAUUCUGAAAGCAGCAAGAACCUUUCCCUUCUAUUUGAAUGUAUUUUUUCGCUGGCAGAGAACGAAUUCCGCUUUAUAAUUCUUCUGAUGGGUAUUGAUAAUCACAUACAAAGUAGACGAAAUCGAAAGCAUUGUCGGUUCGCGGGAAAGAUCGCUUUUGAGCAACGAGCCUCAAGAUUCCAUUCGAGUUGUCAAUGUGCUUUUAACGCAGCUCGACAGGCUGCGGUUGUAUUCAAACAUUCUCAUCCUUGCGACCUCAAAUUUUUCAGACUCCCUUGA